UCUGGCUCAGCUGCGGCUGGCCUCGGUGCUGACUCCUGAGAGCUACGCUACCCAGUUGGGAGGAGCGUAUGGCGAGGACAUGGCUUAUCACUGGUAGAGGGAUUGCAAGGAAAGUAAAGAAUGCCACCUUUUCUGACAAUCAAAUCAAAGAUAUAGGGGUAGAAGCAAAUCGGGAGUGCCCUAAUUGCAAGCACCUUAUUGACAACAGUGAUGUAACAUUGGAUUGGCCUGGACUCCCUGCUGGUGUUAAGUUUGAUCCAUCUGAUGCUGAGUUAUUGGAACAUCUAGCAGGAAAAAUUGGCCUAGAAAAUUCAAAGCUGCACAUACUUAUCGAUGAGUUCAUACCAAUGCUGGAAGAGGAUGAAGGAAUUUGCUAUACUCAUCCUGAAAACCUUCCUGGUGUUAAGAAAGAUGGAAGCAGUAUUCAUUUCUUUCACAGGAUAUCAAAUGCGUAUGGUACAGGCCGGCGCAAACGUCGAAAGAUAAACCAUUGUGCUUUGUCUGAGGAACGUAUAAGGUGGCAUAAAACAGGUAAAACUAAAUGUGUCUUAGAGAAUGGUGUUCAAAAAGGUUGGAAGAAAAUAAUGGUUCUUUAUAAAAGCGCAAAAAGAGGCUCUAAACCAGACAGAGCUAAUUGGGUGAUGCAUCAGUACCAUCUUGGCCCUGAAGAAGAUGAAAUGGAAGGUCAAAUAGUGGUUUCAAAAAUUUUCUGCCAACAACCAACGAAUCAACUUGGUACAUAUGCGAUGGAUCCUGUCAAAGAGGACAAUGACAUCUUAAAUGUUAGAGUUGGUCCAAGAACCCCAAAGACAAAUACGCCACAACCACCCCGACUGAAAAACGACUCUCUACAUGAGGUUAAUGGAGAUAGCAUGACAAUCUUGCAGGGCCAGGAGCAACAUCCUGUCUCUGAGGUUCCUCUUUCACCAUUACCUGUCAGUCAGCCCAAGGGUGAAGAUGAAACCCCUAUAUGGUGGGCAGGUGAAUCGCAAGCUGUUGAUGAGAUGCUUCCAAGCAAUUUUCACGAGUCUUUGCUGUGCCAUGAGGUCCUUGAUUCAUUUCCUCACUAUGAGGAGUCGUCUAUACAUUUGAACUGCACAAACCUUGACUGCAGCAGGAAUCAGACAGUAGCUGCCGUCAGCAGCACAGCUAGUGGGUUCUCAGAUCUUGAUAACAUAUUGAUUGACACGCCACCAGACUUUCAGCUUUCUGACUUGCAGUUUGGUUCACAGGAAAGCAUAAUGAGUUGGCUAGACCGUUUCUAGAUGGAAUAACAAAUUUCUGUUCUUCGGAGGGCCACUGUGAAGACUUUAGUUUUGAGUUGCUAUGAAUUCAUGACUACUGUUCUAAAUUGCAUAUAAUGAAUGAGAGACAGAGGAACAGCUUACAUGAAUGCCAACCUCUAAUUGACGUUUAUCAUUAUGUUUUAUCAGAUGAAGGUUGGCUUUUUGAAUGCAGAACAGGUAUUCUUCCAGAAUUUUUGGUGUGGUAGGGGAAGUCUAAAAAUCAGAAAUUUUGUAAUUGUUGUGACAGAAUUAGAAUGUCUCUGAUGAAGUUGUAUAAAAAUCUAUCCAGCAUCAUAGUAAAGCAACAUGUGGUGACAGAAUUAGAAUGUCUCUGAUGAAGUUGUAUAAAAAUCUAUCCA